AGCUUUGAGCAUCCCAUAAGAGUAGAAAAUCGGACCAAAAGCAAAAGUUAGAACAACGUUGUUCUGUUUAUGAGAGAGGAAUGGGAGCUUAUGGAGGCUUGAUCUUUGCAUUCAUAGGAUUUGUCUUCUUGCAUGGCUGGUCUUUCUACUCGGCUCAGGCCGCUGUGCAUUACUAUGAUUUCGUCUUGGAAGAGAAAAACUUUACAAAGUUAUGCAGCACGAAGAGCAUAUUGACAGUGAACGGCAGCUUUCCAGGGCCGGAAAUUCGAGUCCACAAGGGAGACACUGUGUUUGUUACCGUCCAUAAUCAUGGGACAUACGGUGUGACCAUUCACUGGCACGGAGUGAAACAACCUAGAAAUCCCUGGUCGGAUGGUCCGGAAAAUAUCACUCAAUGUCCGAUCCCACCGAACACCAGUUUCACUCAGGAGAUCAUAUUUAGCGAUGAAGAAGGGACGCUCUGGUGGCACGCUCACAGUGACUGGACUCGCGCCACCGUGCAUGGCGCCAUCAUCAUUUUUCCAAAGCCAGGAGAUACAUACCCAUAUCCGAAACCUGCUGCCGAGCAAACACUUGUAUUAGGUGAAUGGUACAAGGGAGAUGUCAUGGCGAUUAUCGAAGAAGCAAUCGCAACUGGAGGUGAUCCCAAUCUAUCGGACGCUUUCACCAUCAACGGCCAACCGGGAGACUUAUAUGACUGCUCCAACACAACCACGUUCCGCAUGCUGGUCGACUAUGGCAAGACCUACCUGCUCCGUGUAAUCAAUGCUGUGAUGAACGAGGAGAUCUUCUUCGGCAUUGCGAACCACACCCUCAGGGUCGUGGGGACGGAUGGCGCCUACUUGAAGCCUAUAAAUGUUGAGUACAUCAUGAUCACGCCGGGACAAACUAUGGACAUUCUAGUCAAAGCGAAUAAACCCCGGAGCCACUACUACAUGAUGGGAAGCCCUUUCGCGGACACGAAUGCCCCGUUUGAUAACACCUUGACAACGGCGAUCUUCCAGUACCGGGGCAAGUACACCCCUCCGUCCUCCCCUUACGUCCCUAGCCUUCCCGUCUACAACAAUAAGAGUGCGGCCGGGAACUUCACGGCACUACUGCGGAGCCUGGCGAGCAAGAAACACCCCGUGUGCGUGCCCCUUAACAUCACAAAGCGUAUCUUCAUGACUGUUUCCGUGAAUCAGAUCGAAUGCGCAAACGCGUCAUGCAGUGGCCCCGACGGGAAUAGAUUAUCCGCCAGUUUGACAAACAUCAGCUUCGUGACUCCAUCUAUUGAUAUCCUACAAGCUUACUACAGGCACAUUGAAAACGUAUAUAACAAUACUUUUCCCGACAAGCCCCCUUACUUCUUCAACUUUACGGGAGAUGUGGGGAACAACACGGUGUACCCGAGCCUAGGGACAAAGGUGAACAUGAUUAAGUACGGUUCUGCCGUGGAAAUUAUUUGGCAAGGGACCAACGUCGGGGCUGCCGAGAAUCACCCGAUGCAUCUGCACGGUUACAGCUUCUACGUGGUCGGUAUGGGUGAUGGGAACUUCGAUAAUAAGACUAGCCCCUCCAAAUAUAACUUAGUUGAUCCACCGCUGGUUAACACCAUCGGACUCCCAAAGAAUGGAUGGACCGUGAUAAGAUUCGUUGCAGAUAAUCCCGGAGUAUGGUUUAUGCACUGUCAUCUAGAGAGGCACGCGAGCUGGGGCAUGGACACCGUCCUCAUUGUUCAAAAUGGUCACACCAAAGAUCAGAAAAUUCGCCGGCCCCCCAAGUACAUGCCACCUUGUUCCAUGUCCUAGAACGAUGAACCCGUUCAAUUGAUCGGUUAAUUAAGUGUUUAGAGUGAAUAUUGUCAAAUAAGUAUCCGUCGGUGGAAAAGUGCGGUCUCAUUGCAAUGGGACAUAUACCAUUUCGCAAAAGAUAAGUCACCGAAAGGUUGACAAGAUGAAUUUCGAUUGUAGGGAUAAGCUAAUUAAGUGGCGUAGGAGCGAAGAGGAAAGUGGCAAGUUCUGGUUAAUUGUUUCUGUACCAUCACAUUAUUUAUUUUAGUACAAUGAAUAUAUUGCUGCGUGAAUUAAAUUUUCCAAUUCCUCCA